AUGUAUGAUCAUGAAUCAAAAUCUUAUCUAUCAACUUUACAGCUAAAUCCUAAUCUAUUCUUUUUCGACAAUGUAACAAUUGAAAGUAUACUAAAUCAACCAUUAACAGAAGAAAUUCAAUCAAGUUUAUCGUUGUUAACAACCGUGCCAUCAGGAAAAAAUAUAUCGGCAUCCUGUUUAUCAUGUCGAGCUGGACUCUCCCAACAUCUAACACAUAAUGAUUUAUUGAAAGUCGAAAAUUUAGUGUAUAAUCAAUUUCGUGGAUUUAAAACACGGCAUUCAUCGCCUGGAGGAAUAAGUGGUGGAAGUCGAGCACCUAGCUUUGAUUCGGUUAAGUCAGCUACAUCUAGUACAAUUCAUCAAGAUCAAUCAUUGCCAUCAUUUUUUCAAAGAGUACACAUUAUUCAGUUGGUUCGUCCGUCAUCUCAAAGCGAAAGUAAACGUUUAAAUGACUUACUUCAUAUAGCGAAUAAUGCCGAUGAACAACAAAGAGUAAAAGUGGCAUUUGCUGAAGGCUAUGCUGCUGCAGGUAGUGAUUCACAACCAAAAGAGCGGCCGUCUAUAUUAAAAGCUGUACGCACUAUAUUAUUUUAUGGAAUUUUGAUGAUGCUUAUUGUGAAUAUUGUUUCAGCAUUAGGUGGCGAUGGUGUUCGUGGCGGUUUUGCAAACGCUUUUUCUGUUACAAGUAAAUUUGAAAUAAAUCCAGAAGAUGUAAAAGCCGAAGAAGCAAAAGACGAACUACGCGAAAUCGUUGCAUAUUUGAAAGAUGGCGAAAAAUUUACAAAACUUGGUGCACGCUUACCAAAAGGCGUGUUACUUGUUGGUCAACCAGGAAUUGGAAAAACUUUACUUGCACGCGCUGUUGCUGGUGAAGCAGGUGUCCCAUUUUUUCACACAUCUGGUUCGGAAUUUGAUGAAAUGUUUGUUGGAACUGGUGCUCGACGUGUUCGACAAUUAUUUACUGCUGCCAAAGCACGUGCUCCAUGCGUCGUUUUUAUCGACGAAAUUGACAGUGUAGGUGCCAAAAGAACAAGUUCACAACUACAUCCAUAUGCUAACCAGACGAUCAAUCAGUUAUUGGCAGAAAUGGAUGGAUUUGAUAAAAAUGAAGGAAUUAUACUCUUAGCUGCGACAAAUCGUCGUGAUUAUUUAGAUCCAGCCAUUUUAAGACCUGGUCGUUUUGAUGUUGAAAUUCACAUUGCACCACCAGAUUUACGCGGUAGAAAAGAUAUAUUUGACUUGUAUAUGUCAAAAGUGAAACAUGAUCAAACUAUUGACACCGAAUAUCUUGCCAAAGGUUCAACUGGAUUUACUGGUGCUGACAUUGAAAAUAUGACGAAUCAAGCUGCUUUGUAUGCGGCUCAACAUGAAGAACCCGCAGUUACUAUGAAACAUAUGGAAUGGGCGCGUGAUAAAGUUUUAAUGGGUCCUGCUAAAAAGUCAAAAAUACCAGAUAUGGAAACAAACAGAAUCACAGCGUAUCAUGAAGCAGGUCAUACACUUGUUCGUUAUUUCACGGAUGAAGCAGAUCCACUCCACAAAGUGACAAUAGUCCCACGUGGACAAGCUCUUGGCUUUACAGCUCAUAUUCCGGAAAAAGAUAUUUAUAAUCGAACACGCUCACAAUUAUUAGCUGAAAUGGAUGUGAUGUUUGGUGGACGUGCUGCAGAAGAAUUAUCGUUUGGAAUAGAAAAAAUUACAACGGGUGCAUCCAGUGAUUUUAAUCAAGCAACGAAACUAGCAACAAAUAUGGUGAAACAAUUUGGAAUGUCGGAAAAGGUUGGUCAUCGCAGUUUCAAGGAUGAAGAGCAGGAUGCUGGCAUGGGUUUUGUGAAAGUAAACGAUGUCAGUCCAACAAUGCAAGAAACAAUUGACUAUGAAAUCAGACGACUUAUGCAGGAAUCGUAUGAACGUGCUAAGAGUUUACUUAAACAACAUUCAAAUGAACUAAAGUUGUUAGCUGAAGCGUUAUUACAUUAUGAAACAUUAAAUGCUGAUGAAGUUAAAGCUGUUUUAGAGGGACGAAAACUCUCAACAUAA